UUCGACCAUACAAGAAAAUACUUCCUCAAAAUAUAUAUGAAGACCUUAUGUCACAUUAUUUAGCCGAUACAGAACCAAGAACAGUCAAUUUAUCUCCGAGGAUGGGACGUUGGAGAAUUGAUUCAGUGAUAAUUAAACCCAAGCAUGCG